CGUGCGGAUGCUUGUUUUUAUAGAGUUUUGGUGUUUCUCAACACAUCGGAGCAGUCACAGUUGCUCCUUCCUAGGUUACCUCUUAAGCAUAAACGGUAAUCUCUCUCCUUCUGUCACCUUCCCCUUUUCAAGCAAGGGUCAUCCCUAUUUCUCUUUACCUCACCUACAAACUACUUUUUCUCUCCUAUGGCCACUGCUUUCUGAGUUUACAUUAUUAUCAAGAUUAUACCCCAAAAAAAAAAAACAAAAAAAAACAAGGUAUUAUUAUACCUUUAAUAAGUUGCAAUGUAUGUGAGGAGAAUAAGAAACAACAACCAAAGAUGGAAUCUUGUAUUUCAGCGUUUUAACCAUUAUGUUAGUUCUGGCUACAGAACUUACUCCCCUACACAAUCUUCAAUCGUUACACAGAUACCUUUAGACUGCAACUCUCUAGGCAGCGUGAUAGGAAGAGCUUUGUUAGAUACAUCCAAGUCAAUACAGACUGCUUCUCAACGGGAGAAUAUAAGGUUGUUGAGGAGUUCACCUGCUAGUUGGAGGUGGACAUAUUUAAGGUAUUUUAGCUCUAAAGGUGAUGGUAGGGAUGCAAGUGAGGAUAAACAUGUACACACGAGAGAUGGUGCGAGCUCUGAUAAGGGAACAGUUCGGAAGGAAAAAAGUGGUCAAGAUGUGAGACAUUGUGAUGCACAUACUCAGCUUGGUGAGCAAGAGCAGAAGGAGUGGCUCCGGAAUGAAAAGCUGUCUAUAGAGAGUAAGAAGAAAGAAUCACCUUUCCUGAGUAGACGGGAAAGAUUUAAAAAUGAAUUCUUACGGAGGGUUGUUCCAUGGGAGAAAAUAGCUCUAUCAUGGGAUACAUUUCCUUAUUAUAUCCAUGAACAUACAAAAAAUGUUUUAAUGGAGUGUGUUGCUUCCCAUUUAACGCACAAGAAGGUUACUGUGGCUUAUGGUGGCCGCUUGAGUUCUUCAAGUGGGAGAAUCAUGCUUCAGAGUAUACCAGGGACUGAGCUUUAUCGAGAAAGACUAGUUCGAACCCUUGCUCGAGAUUUAGAAGUACCAUUACUGGUGCUUGAUAGCAGCAUUCUAGCUCCAUAUGACUUUGGUGAAGAUUGCUCAUCUGAAAGCGAAUCAGAUGUAGAAUCAGGUGAAGAGUGUACUUCUGAUUCUGAAAUAGAAGAUGCAAAUGAUGCAAGUAACGAGGAAGAAUGGACAAGCAGCGCUGAGACAAAGUCAGAAGCUAGUGAGGAAGACGUUGAUGUUGAGGCAUCAGUGGAAGCCUUAGAAAAACUUAUUCCAUUCAACCUUGAAGACUUUGAGAAGAGAGUUUCCGGAGAACUUGAAAGUUCCUCAGAAUCAACCCCGGAUGCUGUUGAUCAAUCAGAGAAAGCUCAACGUCCCUUCAAAAAAGGAGAUCGAGUUAAAUAUACUGGACCUUCUGGUGUUGUGAAAGCCGAUAACAGGAUUUUAUUGGGGAAGAUACCUACUUCUGGUGGUCCAACGAAUGCUUACACUGUUAUUCAUGGAAGGUCCAUGUCCAGUGGUCAACGUGGUGAGAUAUAUGAGGUGAAUGGUGAUCAGGUUGCUGUAAUUUUUGAUGUUAGCGAAAAGCAAACCAUGGAAGAAGAGAAAGACGAGAAACCCAAAGCACAGGAUGUGAAACCAUCAAUAUACUGGAUUCCUGCCAACGAGAUUGAGCAUGAUCUUGAUGCUCAGGCUGAAGACUGCUACAUUGCCAUGGAGGUGCUAUGUGAGGUUUUGAAGUCUGCACAGCCUAUUAUUGUGUACUUUCCAGAUUCUUCAUUAUGGCUGUCUAGAGCUGUUUCCAAGGCAAAUAGAAAAGAAUUUGUGCACAAGGUGCAAGAAAUGUUUGACCAAUUAUCAGGACCUGUUGUCUUGAUCUGUGGUCGAAACAAAGUUGAAACAGGGUCAAAAGAAAAAGAGAAAUUUACCAUGAUUCUUCCCAAUUUGGGCCGCCUAGCGAAGUUGCCUCUUUCUCUGAAACGACUAACGGAGGGAUUAAGAGCAACAAAACAUUCUGUAGACGAUGAUAUACAUAAGCUCUUCUCUAACGUAAUGAGUAUUCAUCCGCCAAAGGAGGAAGAUCUUCUUAAGACAUUUAAUAAACAGAUUGAAGAAGACAGGAGAAUUGUAAUAGCUCGUAGUAACCUAAAUGAAUUAUACAAGGUUCUGGAAGAGCACGAACUUUCAUGCAUUGAUUUGUUGCAUGUAAAUACUGAUGAUGUGAUUCUGACCAAGCAGAAAGCUGAGAAAGUUAUUGGCUGGGCCAAAAAUCAUUACUUGUACACAUGUGUCCAUCCAUCUAUUAAAGGGGAUAGAUUGUAUCUGCCUCGUGAAAGCGUUGAAACUGCAAUUUUGAGGUUGAAGGAGCAAGAAACAAUGUCAAAAAAGCCUUCUCAGAAUCUUAAGAAUCUUGCCAAGGAUGAGUAUGAGAACAACUUUGUGUCAGCAGUCGUUCCACAAGGUGAAAUCGGAGUCAAAUUUGAUGAUAUCGGUGCUCUUGAAGAAGUAAAGAAGGCAUUGAAUGAACUUGUAAUCCUACCAAUGCGGAGACCAGAGCUUUUCUCCCGUGGAAAUCUGUUGCGGCCUUGCAAGGGGAUUUUACUCUUUGGGCCUCCUGGAACUGGAAAAACUCUUGUUGCUAAGGCUCUUGCAACAGAAGCUGGGGCUAAUUUCAUCAGUAUUACUGGUUCAACCCUUACAUCAAAGUGGUUUGGAGAUGCUGAAAAGCUUACCAAGGCACUCUUCUCAUUUGCCAGUAAGCUGGCUCCUGUAAUAAUUUUUGUUGAUGAGGUUGAUAGCUUACUUGGUGCUCGUGGUGGUUCAUUUGAGCACGAGGCAACUAGAAGGAUGCGGAAUGAGUUUAUGGCUGCAUGGGAUGGUUUGAGAUCAAAGGAGAACCAGAAGAUCCUUAUACUUGGUGCAACAAAUCGUCCCUUUGAUCUUGAUGAUGCUGUUAUUCGCCGUUUACCUAGGAGGAUAUAUGUGGACCUACCAGAUGCAGCAAAUCGCUUAAAGAUACUAAAGAUAAUUCUUGCUCGGGAAAAUUUGGAGUCGGAAUUCCCCUAUGAGAAUCUUGCAAAUGCAACUGAUGGUUAUUCUGGCAGUGAUUUGAAGAACCUGUGCAUUGCGGCAGCUUAUAGACCUGUUCAAGAGAUACUAGAAGAAGAGAAGGAGCCUGAAUCACUGGGAAGUAGAAAAGAUGGAAUUCCAGUGUUAAGACCUCUCACUGUAGACGAUUUCAUUCAGUCAAAAGCGAAGGUGGGGCCAUCAGUCGCAUAUGAUGCCGCAAGCAUGAAUGAGCUGAGAAAAUGGAAUGAUCAAUACGGCGAAGGUGGAAGUAGGAGAAAGUCUCCAUUUGGCUUUUGAGUCCAAUAUUAACAGGCGAAGGAGGUAGUAAGCGAGUCCACCAUUUGGCUUGCGACUCUAAAUUAACAGAGUACGUUGUCGUUAGAAUUGUUUUUUUUAGGUAGAAACAUGAAUGUAUAAUUUUUUUUGGAAGGUUUAUAUUUUUUCUUUACCCCAAAUGUUCCAAUGAGUGGCUUAACUUGUUAAGGUUUGUUAAGUAAUCAAGUAACAAAGCAGGCAGAGAUAGGUUUAGGAACAGAGCUAUAGAAGAAACAGACUUUAGAAUGCCAGUGUGUACUAAUAUAAAGUUCAAUUUUGUAGUUCUUGCUCUGUUACAAGGAAAAAAAAAAAUGAAAUGUCGAACAUCAAAAAUAAUUUUUUUCUGCUGUAAUUUAAUGAAACCUUAAUUUCUA